AUGUAUAGAUCUGAAUGUGAUCUAGAUAUUAAGAGAAAUCGUCAAUCUUCACCAUCAUCUGGUCCUGGAUCACGUUCAACAAAAAAUUUACCUGGUCAAGCAGUAUCUCCAUCUUCACUUCAUCCAAAUGCUGGUUCAGUAACUCCAACACAAUCACCAAUUCGGUCAAUGAAUCCUUCAUUAUCGAAACAACAUUCUCAAUCAUCAACUGUUUCAUUAACACCGACUAAUAGUCACGAAAAUGUUAUUUUGUAA